GCCGACCAGCUGGCUGCAGUCCAGCAGACAUGCGCCGGCGCAUGUGCGGAAUCUGAAGAGGAAGUAUGGCAGGGAGGGACCCAGCAGGUUCUGUAAGCUGGCGCGGGUGCACGAUGCGGAGUACAAGGCUCAGACAUCUCACUCUCGCAGCGUCUCCCGUCGAAUCGCAGUCUAGCGCAUCAGUGUCUGCGCACGCUCGCUGUGCACUGGGAAGAACUGGCCGAGUACGAACAGCAUUACCUGCCGACGCUACCUAUACCGCUCAAGGAAGCUCUUUUGAGCUAUCUCUCGCUCUACGGGAAUAAGGGGUGCAUGGACUUGAAGGCUUUCAAGAUACUGUUCCAGAACGAGAAGGAGGCAGAAGACGCUACGGGGUCGGAGGACGUCCUCUUCCUGGAUUUGACCGGUCUAUUGGACAAAGAGUAUACAUUGAAGGACUUGGGAAAGAGUCUUCAGUACUCAUUCCCCAAUGCCGCAGUGACAGUAACAAGCGGCAUGGCCGACCUCUCGCUAACAUCACCGAAACGGAAACACAAAGCGCCUGUCGAAGUCGCCGAAUCCUGGGAAGAGGAGGCAGAAGAGGUCAAUGCAGACGCUCUGCCCGCGACACUCAGCAUCCCCAUCUUCCCCAACCUCACGCGCCUGUCGCUCGCACACCCGGGCGCCUCCGCCUCGUGGGCCGAUCUGCUGGCGAUAUCUCCGAAUCUGAAGACCCUCACCCACCUUUCACUAGCGUACUGGCCGCGCCCGUCGACAACGCCCAAUGCGGCAACCGCAUCAAUGGUCUCGCGGCACGCGACAGUCAACCUCGGCGGCUCGCACUUCUACUCAGACCUCGACGACGACUGGCACGAAGCCGCGAACAUCUUGCGCCGCCUCUCGCUCAACACAUACUGUCUGAAGUGGCUCGACCUCGAAGGCUGCACCUGGCUCAAAGCACUAACCUGGGACCUUCCCUCCAACCCCUCCCCGACCUCCAACCUCAUCCAGUCCGGCGCCGACGAAUGGGUGCGCCCAUCUUCCUCUCCCGGCCCCGACUGGAACGCCGCAUGGCGCCAAAUCGAGUACAUCAACCUCUUCCAGGGCUGGAUUCCCAAGGAUCGCCAGAGCCUGCAGAAUAUGCCGGCCGGCGUGGUGCCCGUGCAGCUGAUGCGCUGGCUGAGGGAGAACGCGAAGAGAGAGGAUGUCAAAGACGUGCUGGGGACGGAGACGGGGUGGGCGGUUGCCGAGUGGGUGGAGAAGGAGAUGGUGGCGCGGAGCGUGGGGUUUGAGAUUCUGAGCUUCAGGAGGGCGGGCGAGGGGAAGUGGUGCAAGGUUGAUUUUGGCUGGGGGCCCCCCGAGAAAUGGUGCGUCGUUGGGGGUUAGUCUUCCAUGUCAUGUGUAGCCCCCCGAUUUGAUAUCGUGAUUGAGCACGUCAAGCUUAUUUACGAACUUUGGGGAAGCUGGCGGGCAUACAAAGUGCUGACGGGCUGAGCAUGGCUCGGACACUCCUCGAAGACAGAGGAGAGGAGAGGACGCAAGUCGCGUGACGUAGCUAGCGGUUGAUUGUUAUGCUCUGAUCUACAACAGGCCAGCAAGCAAAGCAGCAGCUAAGAAUAUCGCAUACCCGCAUCUCAUCUUCUCACAUGUUGAUAUCCGAAUCCGGCCGCCUCGCCGCGAACGGAGGCGAGCGGCCGUAAAGUCUGACGACUGUCGUGGAUGUAAAUAGUCUAGCAUCAAGGAGGGCAUAGGUAUUCGUAUCUGCUAUAAGAUGGAAAGACUAUCGUAUCGUAUAUCCGAGACCCCGAGUACCAGAUGCGGAGACUUCGUAU